AUGUCUAAUAUGGCAAUGAAACCAUGGGUCGUUCAAAAGUUCGGCGGAACAAGUGUAGGGAAAUUCCCGAGGCAAAUUGCUGAAGACAUUAUCAAUAUCUACGACAAGGACCACUCUGUAGUCGCAGUUUGCUCUGCUCGAAGCACCAACAUUAAGGCCGAGGGCACCACCACCAGGCUUCUAGAGGCUACCGAUCAGGCGCUUAAACUCGGGGGUAACUUUAAAAAGAUCAUUGAGACCAUACGAGCGGACCAUUUGAAUGCCGCCAAAACACAUAUCCCCAAUGACGAGUUGGUCGAAGCAUUAGAAAGAGACAUUAAUAGAGAGUGUGACGAGGCCAUCAAAAUCCUGGAGGCUUCUCGUAUUUUGGACGAAAUCAGCAACCGCACUAUGGAUUUGGUUCUGUCGGUUGGUGAAAAGCUCAGCUGUAUGUUUAUGGCUGCGGUUAUCACGUCUACCGGACGCAAGGCGGUUUAUGUCGAUUUCAGCCGGCUUCGGACCGGUCCCGGCGACAUCAACCAGGAGUUCUAUGACGUCCUGAAGGACAAAAUGGCCGACGAGAUCCAUAAAAUUGGUGAUGCUAUUCCCGUUGUUACUGGAUUUUUCGGCCUAGUUCCCGGCGGUCUUAUUUCAACAGUAGGCCGGGGUUAUACUGAUCUCUGUGCAGCGUUGAUUGCCGUUGGCCUCAGAGCCGAGGAGCUCCAGAUUUGGAAGGAGGUCGAUGGUAUUUUUUCGGCCGAUCCCCGCAAGGUUCCUACUGCCCGGUUACUUGAUCAGAUCACGCCAGAGGAGGCCGCAGAGUUGACCUAUUACGGUUCGGAGGUCAUCCAUCCCUUUACCAUGGAACAGGUGAUCCAGGCGCGUAUUCCGAUCCGAAUCAAGAAUGUAAUGCGCCCCAAAGGUCAGGGCACUCGUAUUUUCCCCGAGAACGACUCAAUUCCAGGCGACGAGACCCCGCUACAUCCCCCCAUCCCGGUCAGCCCUUCGUUUGUCAAUUUACAGCAGGCAGCAAAGGGCCCCACUGCGGUUACAUCCAAGAGUAAUAUCCUUGUUUUGAACAUUCACUCCAACAAAACCAGAAAGUCACAUGGUUUCCUUGCACAUGUUUUUGGAGUGCUUGACAAAUGGAAGCUGGUGGUCGACCUUAUUUCCACGUCUGAAGUUCACGUUUCCAUGGCCAUCCACGCUGCAGUUCCCGACGUCCCUCUCGCCGACGCUCUUGUGGAGUUACGCAAGUUCGGCUCGGUGGAUGUUACUCGCAAGCUGUGCAUUGUGUCACUAGUCGGUACGCAGAUGAAGCAGCUGGUAGGAAUUGCAGGCAAAAUGUUCACUACGCUUGCCGAAGCCGGCGUCAAUCUCGAAAUGAUCAGCCAGGGCGCCUCAGAAAUCAACAUCUCAUGUGUGGUAGACGAGCGAGACUCACUAAAAGCCGUCAAUGUUCUUCAUCACCGUCUUUUGUCGCAGCCGUUGAGCCUGCAUUAG